AAUCACUGGACUUUUUCCACAGUGGGACAAACCUCAGAAGCAGAAAAGGUCUUCUUCUCUCUCCUCUCUCUCUCUUUCUCUCUUCCCAGGUUCAGAAUCUCACGAACAGAAGUUGAAUUUUGGUGCAGAUUGUACAAUUUAAUAAUCUUGUUAAAGAGAAAGAUGUCAAGUGGAGCAACACACUGGUGUUAUGAAUGCAGACAGCCAAUCGUGCUUGAUGGGAGAGAUGUUGUUUGCCCCUACUGUGAUCAAGGAUUUAUACAAGAACUUGAUGAGUUGCGAGGAACCACACCACACCAUCCCUUUUCGUCACAGUCGGGAGAGUUUCAUCAAAUGCCGGACAUUUUUGAUGCUAUACAUGCCUUUAUGGGGCAGAGAGGCACUGACCAGAGGUUUGGGCUUAUGGACGCUGUUGAUAAUUUCAUGAGGCAUAGAAUGGCUGGAAGGAACUCAAACUUUGAUGUUAGAGGGAGGUCUGGUUCUCUCCCUGCUCCUGAACAGAGUUGGGGUGUUUUUAGUUCUGGUCCUUAUUUGAUAUUUCAUGGUCAAGUUCCUGGAUUCACCUUGGCUAAUGGCAGCCCAAGAGGUGGUCCUAGGCGUGUUGACUUCGGUGACUACUUUAUGGGUCCUGGACUGGAAGAACUUAUCGAGCAACUCACCAUGAACGACCGCCGCGGUCCUCCCCCAGCUGCACGAUCUUCAAUUGAUGCAAUGCCUAUUGUUAGGAUAACACAGGCGCAUCUACGCUCAGAUUCACACUGUCCAGUUUGCAAAGAAAAAUUUGAAUUGGGCACUGAAGCCAGAGAGAUGCCAUGCAACCAUAUUUACCAUUCUGACUGUAUUGUUCCUUGGUUGGUUCAGCAUAACUCAUGUCCUGUUUGCCGUGUUGAGCUGCCACCUCAAGGACAGGUUAAUUCCCGUGGCACUCGAAGUUGGGGAGGAAGGAAUGUCGGCAACAACAGCAGUAGCAGUAGCAAUGAUAGUUCCAGGGCCAGGGAGAGCAACCAUGGAAGGAGAAAUCCACUAUCAUUUUUGUGGCCAUUCCGCUCGUCUAGCUCGAACAAUAAUCAUUAUACUGAGACUGGGGGAAGCAGCUCUUCAACCACUCCUGAGCAGAAUAAUGGAACAAGUUAUGGUUGGCCUUUUGAUCACUAAAAGUGACAUUUCUUCUCCCGGUUAAGUAUAAUUUGCUGUCUAAUAAUGCUUGUAAUUUAAAUGCCAAGGAAAGAGUUUAUUAAUAUUGUAUUCUGAAUUUAAUCUCUUGUAAGGAAGAUGGAAGAUAGAAGUUUCUUAAAAUCUUUGUAUAUGAAAUUGCUUGGUUAGUUGAAUCUCUUUAAAACUUUCA